AUGAGGGUCCUGCUCUCUGUCCUGGGAGUCCUCACCUUGCUAUCCAUAGUUCCUCUGGCCAGGAGCUUUCUUGAGAGACAGGGUUGCUCUUCAGACCUCCACCACUGCAGAAUGAGGUGUAAUGCCAACGAAUAUGCGACCAAAUACUGUGAGGACUGGACCAUCUGCUGUCGGUUAAAGAAGAGAGACAUCAAGAAGAAAAAGAUAUGA